AUGGAUCUCGAAGCUUUAGAGUGCUUAUCACGACAGGGUCCGGCUACCUUUGAAAGUGGUUACCAGACGUUAGCUUUGUGGUCUUUGCACGGCACCCGAUUGAGCAGGGCAAGCAACUGGGGUUGCUCUCGUGGUGGUGCUACAAGUGCGCAGACUCUAGAGGGACUUGGUGACUUGGUGACUGGGGAUUGGGCUUUUGUGUGUGUCCAAUUGUGGUCCAACUUGUGUGCCGUUGACAACGGGAAUUACGUCCGAGACCAGUCUGGCUCGGUCUGUUGGUCCGGUAUCCUUCCCUGCGAGGCCUACUCUGCUACUACAUACGUACAAGCAGGUUCCGAUCCUGGACUGGACAUCUUGGAGAACUGGACGGCGUGCAACCUCUCAGGCUUUCUGUCCGACAGUACCUCUACAACACAGCCACAAUCUUUGCUCGCCCGCGUCAAUCAUGGCCAGGACAACCCCUCCUUCUUGUCCUCCGUCUGCUCCGUCUCCUCCUGCGUACAGUGA